AUGACCCUCGCGGAGUCGCAGCCCCCCUCUGAACCGCAUAGCGCAUGGCACACGGAGGGCAUCUUGGACUUUGGGCGCGCUCCAGCGCCGCUUGCUCCUUCUGCGAUCGGCGGUUCACGGCGCGCCGACUCUGUCGCUGAUGGGUCGUUGUUUUCGCAACGCGAAAGCAGCGCGGGAGAGAAAUGCAGCAGCAACGUUUCGGGCGAGGAGCUGAUUGGUGGGAGAUACCGUCGCAUCCGUCGCGUCGGCGCGGGGUCGCAGGCUGUCGUGUGGGAAUGCGAAGACGUUGUAACGUCGCAGCGGGUCGCAUGCAAGAGUUACGCGAUGGCGCAGGCCCCGAUGCGCGACAUCGCGGCGGAGGUGCGAUCGCUGGAGAUCGUGGGCGACCAUCCGAACAUCGUGCGACUGCACGACGUGAUCGUUGGGCGACAAGGAAGCAGCCGAGCAUCCGGGGCAGCAGGCCGAGUCGCGGAGAUAGGAGCAGGUGUAAGGGCAGGUAAAGCAGCGGAGGUAGAUAACUCGUGUAAACCUGUUAACUCAUCCGCGGCUCCGAUCCCACCCGCGUCAUCUCAACCGUUGGAUCCCUCCGUUGACGCGAGCGUGCACGUGCUGAUGGAGCUGGUCCCGGGCGAUGAUCUCCUGACGGAGAUUCUGCAGCGCGGCCCGCUUGCCGAGCCGCUCGCGUCGGCUUUGUUCCGGCAGCUCGCAUCCGCUGUCGCGUACUGCCACGCGUCGGGGGUCAUGCAUCGGGAUAUCAAGCCGGAUAACGUGCUUCUGCUGCGGCCUCCUGAUUCCGCCCGCGGCGGGCCUCGCAUUAUGACGGAGCAUGCGACAGGAUGUGCGACGAGCGUAGCGGCGAUGAGCGUAGCGACGGAGAGAACUGCGAGGCAGACGGUAGGAGCAGCAGCCUUCGCAGGAGGAGCAUCUGGAGGAGUAUGUUUAGGAACAUCUGGAGCUUACCCAUCUGCGACGCAGACGGGAGGAACAGCUAACCCGCCAAGCUUAGAACAGCCACGUGGUCCUACGCCUUCUAAGGCUGUAAUCAAUGCCGCAUCCGCCGCGGCUGCUGGAGCGAGCAGUGCCGCGUUACCGCCAGCGAGCGGGGGAAGGAAGGCCGCGCGGGAGCCUCGCGCGGAGGAGGGGUUGUGGGGGUGGCUCAUCGGCGCGCGGCUGUUCCCCUCCGCGGCGGGCAGAGGCGCGAGUUCCGACGGGGUCGGCGCGCAGGGGAGGGGCGCCAACAAUCCCGUGCGGGUCGUUCCCGGGAAGGUUGUGGGGAGGCGGUUCGCGGGGAAGAGCACGCGCGUGCAUCCCAUGGCGGGGGAGGAGGCGGAGGGGACUCUAGGCGCUGCGCUGGCUGCGCAAUCCGCGCACUUCUCAAGCUCCUCCGCUUUCCCCUCGCUUUCUUCAGCCAGUUCUAUCCCCUUUGCGCCUACGCCCUCCCCAACCUCUGUCCUCCGCUCGCCCUCGAUUGUGUCACACUCACUAUCACCCGCACCCUCCACACCCUGCUGUCUUACAAUCACGACAGGGGGAGAGUUUGGGGAAAGGCGGUGCCCCCUCCCGCCCGCUUUCGCGGAAAGUAGCUCGUUUUCCGCCAUGGGCGCGGGGUGGGCUCACGUGGGCGCGGAGAGGGGCAUCUGGGGGGUGAAGCUGGCGGACUUUGCGCUGUCCACCGUGGUGGCGGGGGGCAUGCGCGGGGCGAUGGCGGACAGGGGCGCGGGGACGCGGCAGUACAUGGCGCCCGAGAUACUCCUGCUGGAGGUGCGGCGGAAAAUGGCCAGGGAGCGGCGGAAGGGGGGAGGGGGAGAGGCGGGGGGGAAGGGAGAUGCGAUUCAGGGCGAGGGUGAUGGUGGGGGUGCAGGGGGUGCUGGGUGUGCAGGGGAUGCUGGGUUCUCUGGGGAAGCAGGGUGCAGCUAUGGCAUGAAGGCGGAUGUGUGGAGCAUGGGCAUCACCCUCUGCUCCAUGCUCACAGGCCGCCUGCCCAUUGUCAAACCGGGUAAGCUGCUGGCCAUGCUGCAUGCGCAGCAGCAGCAGUUGGAGCAGCAGCAGCAGCAACAGCAACAGCAGCAGCAGCAGCAGCAGCAGCAUGUGGAGUGGCAGCAGCAGUGGCAGCAGCAGCAGAAGCAGCAGUGGCAACGGAGGGAGGCUGGUGUGGGGGAGGAGGUGGGGAAGCAGCAGGGAGAGCAGGGAGGGUGGCAGAUGUGGGCAGGUCAAUAUCAGUAUUCGCAGCAGACAGCAUUGCAUGAGGGGGAGCAACGGAUGAACCAAAAUUAUCACCGACAGCAGGAGCAGCAGCAUGUUAUGGCAUCUCAGUCCCAGACCAAUCAAACCCAGGCGACCUCUGCACCCAUGGCACAUGCUGCACACAGCUACAUUGGCGCUGGCCCUGCAUUCACAAGUGCCACUCUCCAUACAGUCACAUCCGCUCACCUUUGUCCCCCAGAUCCCAGCCUUGCACCGGUGGACAUGAACAGUAGUCUGCACAUUGACUUCGAGUCUCCAGGCUGGAAAUCCAUCUCCGCUGCAGCGAAAGAUCUCAUCCGUCGAAUGCUCUGCAUCAACCCAGAUCAACGGCUGAGCUCGCUUCAAGUGCUGGAGCACCCGUGGCUGAACCAACGGUCUUUGAGCAAGACAAAGGUGCCAGGCCACCAUUGGCACAAGCGAGCACUUUAA